AUGGUGGGCGAUUUCAACUCCAGAGUAGGGAAAGCUUCCAGUAGAGGACAGGCGAUCGGGCAGCACGGAGAAGACAAAGUGAAUGACAAUGGAGUGAGGAUGCUCGAAUUCUUGGGAAGCAACGAGCUGAUGGUGUUGAACGGUAGGAGGGCAUGCGAUAAGCCGGAGUUUAUCAGGCAACGGGUAGUUUGCAAUGAACACUCGAUCCUCGACUACAUCCUGGUAGAUAGGGGGAGCACACAGAUCCCAGAGCUGCACGUAGACGUACAAGCAGCGGGGGACAGGGUGAUUGAAGGGUGGGAGUCCACAGUGAACACAACGGCAGAGAGAGUAGUGGGAAAGGAGGAGGUGAAGGGACUAGUGAAAAAGAAGAGCAAGUGCAUUUGGGACGAAGUAGUGCAGAAGGCCAACGGAACCCUGGAGGGAAACGUCAAGCAGAUGUGGGAAGGGAUUAGUGGCUUGGUAAAAAAGACCGCGCAAGGGGGGGAUACAGGGGUAGCAACUUUGCGAGGUGUGAACGGUGGAUUAGUCAGCAGUGGGAAGGGAAAAAGGGAAGUUCUAGCAGGACACUACAAGAGACUUGGAGUGCCCUCGGAGAAUGAAGCUUUUGACCGAGUGUUUAAGAAGGUGGACGCAUGGGGCCAGAAAAAGGAAGAAGAGACAUCGAAGGCAGACGUUGGGAACGUAGAACUAGAAAAGGAGUUCACUGAGGACGAGGUUGAGGCGUGUGUGAACAAGCUGAAGUGCCACAAAGCAGCAGGAGCGGAUGGGAUAGUCAACGAGUUCAUGAAGUUUGGGGGGAAGGGGAUGAUCCAGCUGAUGGUACUGCUGUUCCGAACGAAGUGGGGGUGCGUAGACCACGCAUUCACGGUAGGGAGAAUCAUCCAAGGUAGAAAGAGGGCGGGAAAGCCAACGUGCAGCUUCGUUCUGGACGUGAAAAAGGCAUACGAUACCGUAUGGAAAAAUGGGCUAUGGAAACAACUGUCUAAAUACGGAAUCAAGGGGAAAAUGUGGAGAGUGCUGAAGAAGAUGACAACGUGUACGAAAAGCGCGGUCAUGCUAGACGGAGAACUGCCUACAUUCUUCGACAUUGAGCAGGGGGUCCUACAGCACGCUGUCCCCAACAAUGUUCCAGAUGGGAGUGGGGGGGUCGAGGAGCUUGCAGUGGUGGACCAGUACACAUACCUCGGAGUAGAGAUCGCAAAAGACUGCUCGUGGAAUGCACACAUGUCCAAUGUAGCGGAAUGGGGCAAAGCACGAGCAGGGAAGCUGUACCCAUUAAUCGCAAACCGGCACCUCGAUACACGCAUCAAAUUGACGGUUUUGAAGAGCGUAAUCGUACCGCCGCUAGAGUACGCCGGAGAAGGCAGAACUGGGGAUCCAAUCCCAACGGUCGGGAAGAGACGCGAGGAAGCUGACACUGCAUGGCAGUAUCGCAUGUGCGGGAUGGGAGAGGAUAGGAUGCCGAGAAAUGUAUGCGACGCGAAAUGGACAAACAAAAAGAAGGGUAGACAACCCACGGAAUGGGUCAAGGUUGUAGAGGACGUAUGGAAGGGGCUCGACAUCGACGAAGAUGAAACGCUGGAAACGGAGGGUCUACAGGGGGGGAUUACACUAUUGAACACAGUAGGAAGAGUGUUCUGUAAGCUGCUGAACGAUAGGAUAGUGCGAGUAUUGGAUGAGGAACGUAUGAAAGGUGAGGGCCACGCAGGUUUCCGAAAGAAGAGAGGGUGCGUAGACCACGCGUUUACGGUAGGGAGAAUCAUCCAAGGUAGAAAGAGCGAGGGGAAGCCGACCUACUGCUUCUUCCUGGACGUGAAAAAGGCAUACGAUAUAGAUUGGAGGAAUGGGCUGUGGAAGCAACUGUCUAAAUACGGAAUCAAGGUGGUCCCACAAGGUUGCACUUUGUGCCCAACAUUGUUCCAGGUGUUCAUCAACGAUCUGUUGGAAGUCGUAGAAGCAGUGGAGAAGGGAGUAGUGGUAAAGGAAAGCACGGUGUCGGGAAUGAUGUUUGCGGGUGAUUUUGUUGGGUUGUCUGACACCCCUGAGGGACUGCAAACGCAAAUUGACGCGGCGAAAGCAGAUCGCAAAAGACUGCUCGUGGAAUGCACACACAUGUCCAAUGUAGCGGAAAGGGGCAAAGCACGAGCAGGGAAGCUGCACCCAGUACUCGCAAACCGGCACCUCGAUACACGCAUCAAAUUGACGGUUAUGAAGAGCGUAAUCGUACCGCCGCUAGAGUACGCCGGAGAAAUGAAAGCAGCGAAAGUCAUCCUAGGAUGCUCCAAGCGCACAAGUAAUGCAGCCGUCAGGGCAGAACUGGGGAUCCAAUCCCAACGAUCGGGAAGUGACGCAAGGAAGCUGACAUGGCAGUAUCGCAUGUGCGGCACGGGAGAGGGGAGGUUGCCGAGAAUAGCCUAA